GAUACAACUGACUAUGUUGCAUAUGUAGCUAAGGAUCCUGUUAAUCGGAGAGCUUGUCAUAUACUGGAAUGCUCUGAUGGCCUGGCCCAGGAUGUCAUCAGCACCAUAGGGCAAGCAUUCGAGCUUCGGUUUAAGCAAUACUUGAGAUGCCCUUCUAAGAUACCUACUUUCCAUGAUAGGAUGCAGAGUUUUGAUGAGCCAUGGAUGGAGGAAGAUAAUGAGCCAACAGAACAACAUGCCUAUUACAACAACAUCCCAAAUAAAAUGCCCCCCCCUGGCGGCUUCAUUGAUGCCAGGCUCAAAGCAAGACUUCCCACUGCUGCAGAUACAGCUCAGGUCAGUGUAGACUGGGGAGGAGAGCAAAUCUAUUACCAGAAUCGUCACUUAGGAGACAAAUUCGGUGAAGACUGGCAUCAUGUGCCUGUUAAGCAAGGAUCUCUGGAUAUGCUGGAAGAGAAAUCACAAGUAACCUCAAGCAAAAUGCCAACAUACGUAAACACCCAGCAUAUAGAUGUAGAAGCUCUACUGGCACUUCAUGCAGAUGCUGAAAGUACCUUCAGUGGAACAGCAGAUGAUACCAAAGCAAGCAGCCCAGGAAAGGAUCUGUUUGACAUGAAACCGUUUGAAGAUGCCCUCAAGAACCAAACAUCUGCGGCUGCAUUGAGGAAAUCCACCUCCACAGGAUGCACCAGUCCUCUUUUAUCCAGACGAGCUGACUGGACUGUAGCUGAAGACCUGAGUGCAGAGCCGUGGUACCAAGGAGAGAUGAGCAGGAAAGAAGCAGAACAGCUAUUAAAGAAAUGUGGAGACUUCCUCGUGAGGAAGAGUACCACGAAUCCUGGCUCCUAUGUGCUGACAGGCCUGCACAAUGGACAAGCCAAGCAUCCUUUGGUGGACCCAGAAGGAACUGUUCGCACAAAAGAUCGUGUCUUUGACAGCAUAAGUCAUCUCAUCAAUCACCAUCUUGAGAAUAAUUUGCCAAUAGUUUCUUCUGGGAGUGAGCUCUGCCUGCAGCAGCCUGCUGAGAGGAAGUACUGA